ACCCUCAUUCAGAAGCGGUGAUCGGAGAAAAAUCACUGCUACGACUGAGAAAAGAGACCGAAGAGAAGUAUAUUUCGACAUUCGAAUACAAUCCCAGGAAGACGCUAGUAUACGUUUGGAUUUCGGUUCGUAGAUAUAUCACGGGCGUUGGCCAAAAUAACAACCCUAGCUGUUUAGAAAAACGUAUCGCACUUAUUGGAAGGCUUUAUCUCCAGCAAACUAGCUGGCUAACUAGCCAUAGAGCUAGCUUAGCUAGCAAACGUAGCUAGCUUCUGAGUCGGCUUCAAKCGUUUUCUAAACAGCAUUGUCAACUACUAGUCUCAGAAGCUAUACAUUGGUUUAGCCCCCUAAAAGAGUCAUGGAAAAGGAUGCUUGUGUAGAGGAGGAUGCUUGUGUAGAGGAGCAGGAGAAUGGUGACACAGUGGUGGUGAAAGACCAAGUGGUCAAGGAAUCAACAGGACCAUCCCCUUACAGAUACACCAAGGAGCAGCUUUUGGAGAUAAAAGAUUUCCCAAUUUCUAAUGAAAGGCCAGACUGUCUUUCUGAAAAAUAUGACAGUGAUGGUGUUUGGGACCCCGAGAAGUGGCAUGCCUCGCUGUACCCCACCUCAGAGUGCAGCUCUCCUGUGGAUGGAUAUAAGAAGGACUUUGUGGAUGAUAGGGUCCCUCUAAAACGUAGAAUUGCAGAUCCCCGCGAGCGACUAAAGGAGGAUGACCUGGACGUGGUGCUCAGCCCCCAGCGUCGUAGCUUUGGAGGGGGCUGUGUUGGCAAUGCUUUGCCUGCACCCACCCGCCGCCCCAUCAGCCCCCUGGAGAAUAAGGAGAACGAGAGUCUCCGGCUGGGUGGGGCGCGGCGCAUUGGCAGUGGCCGCAUCAUGGCGGCGCGAGGCUUCGAGAGGGAACCCCGCAUGGAGAAGGAACGGGACUUCAAAGAUAAGAGGUUCCGGCGAGACUUUGGGGACAAGCGUGUGUUCAGUGAGAGGAGAAGGAACGACGCGGAAGAGGAGCCGGAGUGGUUCUCAGGGGGCCCAACCAGCCAAUCAGAGACUAUAGAGCUCAUUGGCUUUGACGACAAGAUCCUGGAGGAGGACAAGCGCAGACCCAAACGGUCCAGGAAGAGGACUGACUCUGUGAGAGAAGUGGAAUGUAAUGGUGGGCUUGCGGAGGAGCCAGAGCAGGUAGUAAAAGACUCUCACUCUACAGCAGACCAGGAGGUCCCACACCCAGCGGUCCUCCCAGAGCAGACAUCUGGAGACUUUGACUUCAAUGAGUUCUUCAAUCUGGAGAAGACCAUGCCAGGACUGGCCUCUGUAAGUCCUGGGGAGCACUGCAUGUUUAAGAUGAUAGAGGAUGUUCUGGGGGAGGGCCCUGUUUCGGCCAGCCGUUUCAGCCGGUGGUUCUCCAGCAACCUGAGUCCCUCAGGCAGCCACUCCUCCAGCCUGCGCUCCACCCCCCAUGAGGAGCUGGAGAGACUGGCUGGGCAAGACCCCCGCUGCACGUCCCCCAGCCAGAUGGGCCCUGUCCCCUACUUCACCCCCAUCCAGUCAGUGGAGCACCGGGACAAGGUGGACAUUCUGGAGCUGUUACACAAGGCCAAGAUAGACCUGAAGCCUCUUCUCUCCAGCCUCAACGUCAACAAGCAACGGCUACAGCAGAGCACUAACUCUGGUGUAGUGCUCUCUCUGGAGGAGGUGGAGGGAGGCCUGAAGGGGCUGAAYGUGGGCUCUGAGCAGAARCACCAGUCUCAUCGGAAACUGCACCAGAAUCCGCAUCGGGGAGGAAUCAGAGGCAACACCAGCAGUGGCACGCCCUUCAUGGCUGAGCACUUGGAGCAGGCUCUAACAGGCGGUGUAGGCCCCAGUGCAGGGCCGCCUAGGUCACAGGCCAGAGACCCUGACAUGUCAGCCUUCAACAAGCUGGUCAGCAGCAUGAAGGCAAGUGGAACUCUGCCUACCCACCCCAAAGCCAACCAAGUGAACAGCAACCUCAAUCAGCCCACAGACCCUGCUAUAGUGCCCCUGCCUGAAGCCACAGUGCCUGCCCCAUCGCAGAAGAACGUAUUCCAGGAGCUUCUAGGUGCCCAGGGCCCUCCCCGUAGCGGCUCCCCUACCCUCCACAGCGUGCUAGGCAGCACUGACGCCCCUCCACCCCCUGGGCCUGGUCUUCAGCACAGGGGGCCCUCGCCUCCACUCUUCCUACAGAGGGCUCCUUUGCCUGACUACUUCCAUGGACGCAUGCGGCCACCCGCUGGGUAUCCUGUUGGUGCGGCGCCCAUGAUGGGGGAGCAGUUCCCAGAUAUGCAUAGAUCCCUCAGCCCUGGACAUGGACCCACCCUACACCAGCAACAGAUGAGAGCGCUGUCCAUGGCUGUGGACCAGGCUGACCUGGAGGCUCUGAUUAACCAGCAGGACCUUGCUCUCCAUGCCCACAACGCCUUCCAGACCGGUUACAACAAACUGCCUCCGAACAAGGUCUACCAACACAACAGGAUGAACCGAUCCCCUGGUCCAGGCACUCAUCCUGCAGGCAGACACUCCCCUGGCAACACAGUCACCAGCAUGCUGUCACCCUCUUUCGUGCCCACGUCUGUGAUCCGUAAGAUGUACGAGACGAAAGAGAAGAGUCGAGAUGAGCCAGGUAGUCGUCCAGACAGCAAGGAGGGCRACUCCCAAGAGGACCGGCGCUCUCCCAGCUCUUUUCUGGAUGGGAUAGGCAGUAGUGGUUCUCAGUUGGGAGGGGUGAAGGCCUCCCAGGCUCGCCAGCACGUCCAGGACCGCCCCAGGCCAGGCUCUGCCGGUCACCCGUGCCCCAUCUACCCGAUACCACUGCUAUCCCACGGACAUGUGCCCAUGGUGCGCCCCCCUCCGCCCCAGCUCCAUCCCAGCCUUGUGCAGAGGAUGCUGGCCCAGGGCAUCCAGCCACAGCAGCUAGGCCCUGCUCUGAUGCAGGCAGGCAUAUUUCCACAGCAUGUUGACCUCGCUCAGCUUCAGGGUUUGCCCCCUGCCCUGCUAGGACAACCCCUCUACCCCCUAGGGGCGACAGGACACCCCCUCUUACCUCCCCGAGCCAGCAAUCACAUGCAGCUAAUGCAGCAUCAACCGAGACCAAUGCAUCCKUCAGUCCCAGGCCACCAGUCGCAGAACCUCGGCCCUCACCGGACGAGCCACUCCCAGCAACAUGGGGGUAGCCCCACUGGUGUGGGGGGAGCUGGUCUGUCUAAGUGGUUUGGCUCAGAUGUGCUGCAGCAGCCCCUUCCUUCCAUGCCUGCUAAGGUCAUAAGUGUAGAUGAACUGGAGUUUGAGCCCUGAGGAGAGUUUCAUACAACCAGAAUGCUGGAUAAAGGAAGACUUCAUUUUCCCCCCUCCUUUCUCCACCUCCCCAUUAACAAAAAAAAAAAAA